AUGGAUGCCCUUUGCGAACACAGCUACUGCUCGCUGGCAGCUAGCAUGAAAGAAGCCGGGCCGGGAGAAGCCCUGGAUUUCUCCCAGAGCCUUCUGGAGGAGAGGCAAUGGAGCAACCUCAGCAACGAGUCCCUGCAGGAGCUUUCCAUGAGCUUCACCAACCUGGACCGAGCGGACGGGCUCCAAGGGGCCGGCUGGAUCGUCCUCCGCAUCCUCAUCUCCAUCGUCUACUCGGUGGUGUGCGCCCUCGGCCUGGUGGGCAACCUGCUGGUCCUCUACCUGAUGAAGAGCAAGCAAGGGUGGAAGAAGUCAUCCAUCAACCUCUUCGUGACCUGCCUGGCGGUGACGGACUUCCAGUUCGUGCUGACCCUGCCCUUCUGGGCCGUGGAGAACGCCCUGGAUUUCACCUGGCUCUUUGGCAACGCCAUGUGCAAGAUCCUCUCCUACCUUACAGCAAUGAACAUGUACGCCAGCGUCUUCUUCCUCACCGCCAUGAGCGUCGCCCGGUACCACUCCGUGGCCUCUGCCCUGAAGACCAAAAGGCAAGGGAGGUUCUGGGGGAGCUGCUGGUCGGCCAAAUGGCUCUGCGUCCUCAUAUGGACCUCGGCCAUCCUGGCUUCCCUCCCUAGUGCCAUCUUCUCGACCACCUCCACCAUCUUGAACGAGGAACUCUGCCUAGUCAAGAUCCCUGACAGCCAAGGGAACAAUACUCAGUUUUGGCUGGGGCUGCACCAGUCACAGAAGGUACUGCUGGGCUUCGUGGUGCCGCUGGGCAUCAUCACCCUUAGCUACCUGUUGCUCGUCCGCUUCAUCAGCGACAGACACGUGGGCGCCAGCUCCUGCGGCCCCAGCACCAAACGCCGGACCAAAGUGACCAAAUCGGUGACCAUUGUGGUGUUGUCCUUCUUCCUCUGCUGGCUGCCCAACCAAGCGCUCACCACCUGGGGCAUCCUCAUCAAACUCAACGUCCUCCACUUCAGCCAUGCUUACUUCCUCUCCCAGGCGUACCUCUUCCCCAUCACGGUGUGCCUGGCACACUCCAACAGCUGCCUCAACCCCAUCUUCUACUGCCUCAUGCGCAAGGAGUUCCGCAAGGCCCUCAAGAAGAUGCUCUGGAGGAUCACCUCGCCCUCGCUCACCACCAUGCGCCCCUUCACGGCUACCACCAAGCCGGAACAGGAGGAGAAGGCGUUGCGUGCCCUGAUGUCCGUUCACUCCGGCAACGAUUCUCCCGCAGCUGAUGCUGCUCCUGCCGUGGCAGCCACCAUGUGCAACGUUAUCUCUUAUCCCCCUGGUGUGGUGGUGUACAGUAGCCGAUGUGACGUCUUGCCCACCAGUGGCUCUGCUGAGACUCACUGUUAG